CAAGCCGAUCUACGUGGGUAUGUGCGUCCUCGACAUAUCCAAGAUCUGCUUGUAUGAAUUUCACCAUGAAUAUAUGCUACCCCUGUACAGAGACAAGUGUAAAAUUAUGUACACCGAUACGAACAGUCUCAUAUACCACGUCGAGUGUGAGGAUGUAUACGAGACUGUGAAAAGCGAUAUACGCAGAUUCGACACGAGCGAUUAUCCAGAUGACAACGCGUACGGUAUACCGCAUGCGAAUAAGAAAGUCCUCGGGCUCAUGAAAGAUGAGAAUAAUGGAGCAAUUAUGACCGAAUUCGUCGGACUCAGGGCGAAAAUGUAUGCUUUGAGAGUAGACGGUAAAAGCGACACGAAAAGGGCGAAGGGGGUUAAAAGCAUCGUGGUAGCGCGAACAAUAACUUUUGACGAUUACAUGCAA